UUCGUCGUCUUCUUCUUCUUAUCAUUACUACUCUUUAUGUAUUCAUUUACAAAUAAUCUGGCAGCCUAUAAUACAACUUGAAGGACGGGUAAGAUAUUUCUAGAUGCUACAACAGAAAUAUAUUUUUAGAUGUCCUAUGUAUUCAGCCAGACACAGGACUGCUGCUCAGAUGUUGAAUCUCCUUGAGCAGCCUAUAGGGCGCGUGCUUGCUCUGUAGUUUUCCCCGUGCAUGUGCGUAAUGACGCAUCCGUCCUCCAGCGCUUCUCCUCCCCUCCUCCCUCCUGUCACAUCUGGAUCUGGCUCCUCUCAUCAGCACCACUCAGCGCAGUGGGAGAUAGAGACAGAGGGAGGGAGGGAAACGACCGGAGAAGCGGCGGGCAGCUCGGUCGGUGCAGCCUCGUCCACAACCGAGCAGAACCAAGAAGCGGAGAGCUGGAAGGACAUUUCACCUUCUCAUCCGCACUCACGGAUAUUUUGCAUCUCCUCUGCCCUGCAUCCGUCAGUCCAGCUUCUUCUUUUUUUUCUUCUCCUUCCUUCCCCCCCUCUUGUCCUGAGUAUGAUGAGCUCCAGCCUGCUGGAAAACCCUGUGCAGGCGAUUCUGUACCUGCGAGAGCUCACCACCAUCGUCCAGAACCAGCAGAGUCUCAUCCAGACGCAGCGCUCCCGGAUAGAGGAGCUGGACCGGCGGGUGGACGAGCUCAUCGGCGAGAACAGGCACCUGCGGGACGUCAGGGUACAACAGCAUCAUGCUUACCAUCACCACCAUCACCAUCACCCCGACCCCAGCUGCCUUGUCCUCCACCACCACCCUCAGGACCCCCAGCUCAAGACUGGUGCGGGAUCUCUGCCGGACCAUGCGUCUGCUCCAGCACAAGUCGAGGCGGCUCCUGUGGUCGAGGAGUCGCCUUCUCAAACUAUGGAUCCCGGGGACAUGCAGCUGGUCCCGGCCGACCCGUCCACGGUUUCCCCGGUGGAAAGUGACCCAGAAAACGGGGCAAGUUGCCACAGUUGCCGCUCUUUGGUUCCGAUGACCCCCACAACCCUGUGUCGGUCCCUGGCCCUGUCCAGGAAAUCCGAGAGCGAGACCGUGCUGCAUCAGUUUUGCUGCCCCGCCCCUGAACAUCCAGAGGCCGACUCCACCGGCUCAUCCGGCGGACAGAUGCUGAGCCUGGAGGAUGGAUCGUCCUCUGGUGGUGGACAGGAAGUGGAGGGGACCAAGAGAGAGGGACCCAGCGAGUAUGAGAUCUCCCUGGAGAAUAAAAACAAGCAGAUAGAAGAGCUGGAGCAGAAGUAUGGAGGCCAUCUCAUAGCGAGGCGGGCGGCCCGGCGUAUUCAAACGGCCUUCCGGCAGUACCAGCUGAGCAAAAACUUCCAGAAGAUCCGUAACUCGCUGUCGGAGAGCAAGUUGCCCCGCCGGAUCUCCCUGCGCCAUCCCAGCCCUUCAGGCCGUAACCGGAAUUCAACCCAGAGACACAGUUACAGCCUGCAUCCGGGAGGAGGACAGAUACCCUUACGCUCGAAAACUCCUCCUCCGCCCCCGUGCCGCUCCACCUCUCUGCCCCCUUCACCUGCGUCUGCCCCCGCGGCCGCUUCCUCUCCGGCCCCAGGCCCAGCCCCACCUCAAGACCCCUCGCAAACACUCACGCAGCUGGAGGACUGCUUCUCUGAGCAGCUUCAUACCUUGGCCCAGUCAAUUGAUGAUGCCCUUCGUGGUUGGAGCUUGUCGGAGGGUGGAGAGGGGAAGGGUUUACUGAUGGACCCAGGGGCUCUUCGCGCAGCUGCUGAGAGCGCCUGUCUGCCGCGCAGUGCCAGCUCGCUGCUCAUGGCCUUCAGAGAUGUCACCGUUCACAUCGACAGCAAUAGCUCCUACACCAUCUCCUCCGCCACCACCACGACCACCACCUCUCUGGGCAACGCAGGCGGAGGGCAGCCGGGCAGCAGGAAGACUUCUGUGAGCGGCAUGGCUGGGGGAGGAGACUUAGACGAGCCAGAGUUUCCUGCACCGCCGCCCAGCGAGGAGCUGGAAAUGGUCGAUCCAGGAUCGAGGAGGGGUUCGGCCGUGCCAGUUCCAGGUGGAGGUGUGAUGGAGGGGGAGUGCGGCUCCACCUCCACUUCUACCUCUACUUCCACCUCUAUCUCCACCUCGGCCCAGUCCAACCAGCAGCCUGCUCAGAUUUACACCCAGUACCAGCAGUACCACUACACUCAUCCUCAGCAGAUCCCCGGAGGGCCGAGCCCCGAGGCCCUGCAGGCUCUGGUCGUCUCUCUGCCCAGGGACCGCUGCCAGGACCCAGCUUCCUGCCGCUCGCCAACGCUGUCCACAGACACACACCGCAAACGCCUCUACCGCAUAGGACUCAACCUCUUCAAUGUGAACCCAGAGAGAGGCAUCCACUUCCUGAUCACACGCGGCUUCGUCCCGGACACGGCCAUCGGAGUGGCCCACUUCCUGCUGCAGAGGAAGGGCCUGAGCAGGCAGAUGAUUGGAGAGUUUUUGGGGAACAGCAAGCUGCAGUUCAACAGAGAUGUCCUAGAUUGCGUCGUGGACGAGAUGGAUUUCUCGGGCAUGGAGCUCGACGAAGCCCUGAGAAAGUUCCAGGCUCAUGUUCGUGUUCAGGGAGAGGCGCAGAAAGUGGAGAGACUCAUCGAAGCCUUUAGCCAGAGGUACUGUAUGUGUAAUCCUGAUGUGGUGCAGCAGUUUCACAACCCAGACACCAUCUUCAUCCUGGCCUUCGCUGUGGUCCUCCUCAACACCGACAUGUACUCGCCUAACAUCAAACCCCAGCGCAAAAUGGGCCUUGACGACUUCAUACGCAAUCUAAGAGGCGUGGAUGACGGAGCAGACAUCCCCAGAGAAAUGGUCGCAGGCAUUUAUGAAAGGAUCCAACAAAGAGAGCUGCGCUCCAACGAGGACCACGUCACCUACGUGAGCCGCGUGGAGCAAUCCAUCCUCGGCCUGAAAACUAUCCUCGCUGUGCCCCACAGACGCCUGGUGUGCUGCUGUCGUCUGUUUGAGGUGCCUGACGCCAACAAGCCUCAUAAACAGAAACUCUCCCAGCUCCAGAGAGAGGUCUUCCUCUUCAAUGACCUCCUGCUGAUCCUUAAGCUGUGUCCCAAGAAGAAAAGCUCGGCCUCGUACACCUUCUGUAAAGCGAUGGGUCUUCUGGGAAUGCAGUUUCACCUCUUCAGUAAUGAGUACUACGCCCACGGCAUCACCAUGCUGAGCCCGUUUACCUCAGAGAAGAAGCAGCUGGUGAGUUUCUGCUCCCCGAGUGGAGAUGAGCUCAGGAAGUUUGCCGAGGAGCUCCGAGAGGCCAUCACAGAGGUCAACGAGAUGGAGCAGAUACACAUCCAGUGGGAACUGGAGAGGCAACAAGGUAUCCAGCCACACGGCAUUCACACCAACGGCGGGCAAAUGGACACGCACACAGGACACGGCUCUCCCUCAGGCCAACAGGAUCCGUACGAUAAAACUGGCAACAACAACACAGUAGAGGUGUCAAUUCACAACAGGCUGCAGACCUAUCAACUGAGCCAGCCCAGCAUUGAGUCAACGCCUCUGGCCCUGGCUGCACCACCCGCCCUGCUCAGCCCCGUCCAGACAGGGGAGCUCCGCCCAGAAACACUCAUCCAAUGCCAACAGAUCGUCAAGGUGAUAGUCGUGGACCAGAGCGGGCGAGGGCGGAUGGAGGCCUUCCUCAGCCAAGGCCCGGCUACCCAUCAGCUCAUCCAGUCCGCCCUGUCCACCCCUGUCCGCGUCAGAGAGGGGGAUGGUCCUCAGCCCCCUCUGCCGCCUCCCCCUCCACCUUACAACCACCCCCACCAGUUCUGUCCCCCUGACUCACCCAUGCCCCUCCACCACACCAUGCCUCUAACCCGCAGACGCAACUCCAGCGGCUCCCGCAGCAUCGUUUGAGUUGUCAGCUGCUCUACGAACCCCCAGGGUGGGGGUGGGGGCCAGACCCUCACACUCGCACACGACAACACACACUUGUCUACUCUCUCCAAAUGGUGAGAUAAAAGCAUUGCAGGGGAAAUACUGUAUGAGUCCAAAAAAAAAGGGGACAGAGGAAGAGGAAACCAACCAGAAUAUAUUCAUAGUCUUGACUGAGUGGUGUUGUUUUUGAACGUGGAGUAGUUUUGAUGCCAUUUCUGAAAGACUUUCCUUCUUUCUUUUGUUUCCAACAUGUCACCCAGUAGCUGAUGAUGUUGUCCGUCUAGAUUUCACACUCUUCGAGAGGUCUCGUGACUUUGCAUUUUUAAAUGUCACCUGUCCAGCGACUGUGUCUGCGAGCUGUGACUGUGAAACUGAGGGGCGACGUCAGAAAAAGCGGACUUUGGCAGCCCUGAAAGGACAAGGGAUUGUUUUAAAUGUGAAAGACAAAACUCCUGAUGAUGAGCUCACACCUCUUACCAAACUCAGUGAGGGAUCACUCGAGCAGAGCGAAUCUAGCUUCCCCCCACUUUCUUUAUUUUCCUCAUCUCUGCAUAAUGUGAGCAAACCAGCUUAUUUGUUUCCUUCAUUUUCUGGGGAACAGAUAAUCAGUAUGUGUGAGGAAGAAGGGCAAAGAGCGGCUGCAACGCCACCACCACCUCCACCUCCACCACCACUCCGUCAUGUGCAGUGAAGUGUAGUAAGCAAGGAUGCUGCUUCUCACUAACCCAAUCUAAAAAAUAUGAAACCAUAUCCUGACGACAAUCAUAUUUUUCCCGUGCUUCAUCUUUGUGUUGCUGAACUUGUGUGAGCAGAUAUCGUCACAGUGGCGUGUGACGGCCCCGAUUCUGUGGCGCUUCGCUCUCUCGGAGCUCAGGAAAGGAUUUGUUGCACUGUAACAUGUAAUUUCUGCACCUCUGAGUCGAACUGAGAGCGUGCUUGUGUACUGUGUGUUCAAUCUGCUUACUCACGGGCAGCAGAGAGUAGGGCUGGUAAUUCAUCCAAAACAAGGCUCGAACAGCCAGCCGAAGCCUUUCUCCUCCUGUAUAUUUACCCCCUAAUGGGUUACCUAGUGUGAAUAUUAUUGUUACCUUUGGCAAUAUCUCUGCCUAGUUUGAAAAUGAAUAAGAAUUGCUCAGCGCAGGGCAGAUCAAGGUCACCUCACGGAAAAAAAAAAACAAAAAACAUCACUCUCCUCACAUGUAGUAUAUUUUUUUCCUCGCACACAGAAAAUGUUUUAAAAGCAGAGAUGCAUUCCUUUGCUGAAUGUUAAUCAGGGGGAAAACCGAAGAUGUCCAUGGAAUACUUAUUGAUUUCACCGUGUCGUCCGUCCAGCGUUGAUGGUUCUAGCUUGAGCCGGUUUGUACAGCAGAUCACAAAUCAUCCGACUGAGACACACCGAACACGUCUUGUAUCUUUUUGCACCACAGAAUAUAUUGAAUAUAUAUUGUACAUAGAUAAUAUAGAUUUAUUCUGAAAAAGUGAUUGGUUUGCCCAGUGUGUGUACCCACGUAUGUAUUUGUACAGAGAAGAUUCUAGUUUAAAAGAAAAAAAAGGAUAUUAUAGUUAUUAUAGAUAUUAUUAUUCACAUUUAAUAUCAGGGGGGUGUCCUAAAUCCUACUGCUACCAGAGACAGGAAACAGGCAGCUUUUAUAGAGUACACUCCAGUUACCAUGGUAACACACACUGAUAUUAUUACAGAUCUACAUUAUUCAUUAGAAAAUUACCAUGUCAUGUUAUUAUAGGAUUACUAAGAGAUGGCUGUGUCACCUGUGAAGGUGUGUCAAGGGCUAUGCUGUAUUGGUAAAUACAUGCAGUUAAUCACUGGUCAUUUGCACACACGCACACACACACACAGGUAUAUAAAUACAGUAUAUAUAUAAAUAUAAAUAUAUAUAUAUAUAUAUAUAUAUAUAUAUAUAUAUAUAAAUAUAAACAUAUAUAUAUUUAAGAGCAUACACAACCACGCACACUGAUGUAUACGUAGCUGGCAAAGCAACAACAGAUCCAGCUUAGAUUCACCUUAGAAACUGCUUGAUUUCUGGUCAGAACGCCCACUUUGUUUACUGUAAACUCUGACUGACUUGUACUGUACAGCAUGAGGUCGUUUAUUUAAGUUUUUUUUUUUCUUUUUCAUUUGCAGUGCAAAGGGGGGGGUUAAUUAUAUGUUUGUAUCAUUAUCGUCAGGGCAUGUUGAGUUGAUUGAUGUCAUUUUUUCUCCCCCCUCUCUCUCUCUGUCUCUCUCUCUCUGUCUCUUUCUCUCUACUACUACUUCCUCUCUCUUCUUUCUGCCCCGACCGGCCCCUGCACCGAUCUGCAUCCUCACUGUGGAGCACUGUCAUUAAUCUUUGCACCCUCACAAUGUUUCUAAAAAGGAGAUUUCUUAAGAAGAUCAACAUGUUUACUAAUGGAAUAUUUCUAAUUUUUUCUGUUUGAAGAGAAUGAAAGAAUAAAAGUAGUUUUUACUCUCGA